GUCGAUCUGAGAAAACCCUUUUUUGUGCGCCCCUCCCGAAGGCCGCCGGCUCCUGGAUUCCAUACAAUUGCGGGCGAUUCUCGUCGUCACAGCAACCCACUUCAAUCAGUCGGAUUGGCCAAAGCAUCCUCGCUCAUCACUUCCACUUGCCGAGAGCAGCAGGACCAGUUCAGCCCACCUGCGACGACGACAAAGCGGAGCUUCGUGUUGCCACCUUCUUGUCGCCAUGUGAACAAUUCUAUCGCCUCUCUCGUCCUCUGGCCCCGACAGCCACCAGACUUCACGACUGUCUCGACCCCAAUCCUUGCAGCUUGCGCUCCGCCUUCCAGACGCCAUCUGCAAAAGAGACGCCACAGAGCGCAUCGAUCCUGCAGUACCUUUGUUGCGAUCAAUAAUGUGGUGCAAUUUGAGUUUGCCGCCCGGAGCAUUGACGGCGUCCGUCCACUUGAUGGAUCGGCCGUUGUAGGCGAAAACGAGGAUCGUCCAAAGUGUCUUUCCGCACAAAUGGGCAACUGUCUGCAGGCGGCCUCGGAGGAGCAUGCAAUAACAUGCGCCAUGGCGGUGGAUGUGACGCGGAAGGAGGCCGACGAGCUGUUCGGCGAGGUCUGCCUCGACCGGAUGUUGGAAGAGCUGAACCACGAGGCGGACGAGCUGGCGGGUGGGCAAAAGUCGCGCGACUUUUGGACGGACGAGUUGAUCCGACCCGACGGCGACGUGGACGCCGAUCUGGCGGAGCUCAGCUUCAGCUCGUCGUCGGAGUGGCGCUCGGAGAGACGCGACUCCUACGACUCCCUGUCGGUGCGUGAAGAGGCCAGCCUGAACCAGAGCUCGGCGCAACGGUCCAUCAACGACGAGGUCGACUCGUUGACGGACAUCGAAGACCUGCUGCCGGUGAAGAAGCCGUUUGUCGACAAGCCGCCGACGCGGCAUUCGCCAGUCGACUCGCGCCGGUCGCCGACGCGACCACUUUGCGACUUGGCCUCUGUCCUGACGACCAUCAGCGGCCUGUCGAGAGGGCACAAUCCCACCGCCUCGCUGUUCGCGUUCGCCAAACCGACCGGCUCCGCGUUCGAGCCCCUCGCCUCGGCUCCGAGCCGCGCCGUCUCCAUGCCCUACCGGCAGACGCGGUCCGCGCCGCUGGCUCGAGUCAGCAGCCUGCAUCUCGGCUUUCGUCAGUUGGCCGACAUGAGCCAGAGCUAUGCCCACUUCCCGUGGCUGCGCUACGGCCAGCCGGAGGAGACUGUGCUCCGGUCGGCGCAUCCCGCGCUGCGUGUCUACCGUCGGCCCGGCGACAGCGGGGACUCGAACUUGAACAAUUGGUUUCCCGGCGUUCAGGUGCUCUGCACUCCGGCGCUGCUGGCCGCCGAGCCAGGAGUGGGUGGCGAGAAGGCCGGCUGGAUGAGCUACACGAUGUAUCUGUUGCAGGAGUUGGUGGAAGAGGCGAAAUUCCUCUCCUACCUCCGCCGGACGCGGCAUCUCUUCGUCAGCAUCGAGGCGCGAACCGGCUGUGAAAUUCGUCUGGGCGCUCGACGCUUCCUGCACCGCGGCCGGACAGUGCGUCAUUUGGUCAUUGAUGGACCGACGAAAAAUAACAUUCUUCGCUGCAAGUCGAGUCUGCCGGAUCGGCUGACUCGUCUUCUCAUUCAGGACAUUGAACAGCCCAGUCAAGAGGAUAAAAAGCCC